AAUCAUCAAUAUUUGAUGACUGCAAGAAAGAAGAAUGGAAGGUAAUUCUUCUAGAUGAUUACACUACUAAAUUACUGUCAAUGUGCUGCAAAAUGACUGAUCUGCUGGCAGAGGGUAUCACAGUGGUGGAGAACAUAUAUACAAACCGUGAGCCUGUCCCACACAUGAAAGCAAUAUAUUUCAUAACUCCCACCAAAAAGUCUGUAGAUGGGCUUAUUGAUGAUUUCAUCACUAAAUCAUCCAGCAGAUACCAAGCAGCAUAUGUGUAUUUCACUGACUCUUGUCCUGACAACCUCUUCAAUAAAAUUAAGUCUUCCUGUGCAAAAUCAAUCAGGCGAUGCAAGGAGAUCAACAUUUCCUUCUUCCCAUAUGAGUCUCGGGUAUUUACUCUCAAUGUCCCAGAUGCGUUCUACCGCUGUUACAGUCCAACUCUGGAAAAGACAAAGGAUAAAGAUGUUGUAAUGCAAGUAAUGGCUGAACAAAUUGUUACCUUGUGUGCCACACUAGAUGAGAAUCCAGGAGUACGAUAUAAAAGCAGGCCAUCUGAUAAAGCCAGCAAACUUGCACAGCUGGUUGAAAAAUAUCUUGAAAACUACUACAAAACUGAUGAGAAGAGCCAAUUAAAGGCUAAAACCCACUCCCAACUAAUAAUAAUUGAUCGUGGCUUUGACCCAGUAUCAACUGUGCUUCAUGAACUCACCUUCCAGGCAAUGGCAUAUGAUCUGCUGCCAAUUGAAAAUGAUACUUACAAAUACAAAACAGAAGGAUCUGCUGGGAAGGAACGGGAGGCAAUUCUGGAGGAAGAUGAUGCGCUCUGGGUGAAGAUUCGGCACAAGCAUAUUGCGGAUGUGAUAGAGGAAAUACCAAAGCUUUUGAAAGAAGUUUCAUCAAAAAGCAAACCGACAGAAGGAAAAUUAUCGAUAUCUUCUCUGGCCCAGUUAAUGAAAAAGAUGUCGCACUAUCGUAAAGAGAUUGGUAGGCAAGUUGUCCAUCUUAACAUAGCAGAAGAUUGCAUGAGUAAGUUCAAAUCUAACAUAGAAAGGCUCUGUAAAGCUGAACAGGACUUGGCUCUUGGAACCGAUGCAGAAGGUCAAAAAGUGAAAGACACUAUGAGAGUCCUCCUUCCAGUUCUGCUCAACAGAAGUCAUGAGACCUAUGACAAAAUUAGAGCUAUUCUCCUGUAUAUCUUUAGCACAAAUGGAACUACCCAGGAGAACUUGGACAAGCUGAUCCAGAAUGUACAAAUAGAAAGUGAUAGUGAUAUGAUAAGAAACUGGAAAUACCUUGAUGUUCCUGUUAUCUCUUCAUCUGCUGCUCAGCAGCAUAAACACCCAAGAAGGGACCGUUCUGCAGAAGAAACUUUCCAACUUUCUAGGUGGACGCCUGUUAUCAAAGAUGUUAUGGAGGAUGCUAUAGAAAACAAACUAGAUUCAAAAGACUGGCCUUAUUGUUCCCAAAGUCCUCCUACCUGGAACGGUUCAGGAGUAGUAAGUGCGCGCCAGAAGCCUAAAGCGAGCUCUCCCGAUGAGCGCAAGAGUAGUGCAAGACUGAUUAUAUUUGUGAUUGGAGGAAUUACGUAUUCCGAGAUGCGCAGUGCUUAUGAAGUUUCUCAAGUCUACAAGUCCUGUGAAGUUGUUAUAGGUUCCACUCAUAUUCUGACACCUAAAAGACUACUGGAUGAAGUGAAGAGCCUUAGUAAGCCAAAGGAUAUGGUCUGUAUUAAGGAUGAAUAGAGAUGAUGUUUAUGAUGCACUAGGAAAAGA